GUGUCCGUCAGACCCUCCCGUAGACAUACCCCCUGAACGGGGCCCCGGCUCCAGCAUGCAGGGUUAUGUAAGCUCUCAUCUGCCAUCCCUCCUGCCUUCCUCUGCCUCACAUUGGCGUUGCUAUUGAGCAGAGAGGAAGACGCAGACCGGUCAGCUGCGGCAGUCAGUCACUCACUGAAGCUGCUUAAAGAUUUAAGCCCAGCUGCACACACACACACACACACACAUCAGGCUGGGAGGACGGUGGUAAACCUCCUCCUUUUUAUUAUUUUUUUUAUCUUCAGUCCCAUUUCCCCCUCGGAAACAGAAGGUGAUUCCAGUGUGACAGAAAGGCAGAGGAGCUCUUCGGCAGUCAUGCUGCUCCUGGACGAGUCCGAGUCAUUUUCAGACCAGUCCCACAGCGCUCCCUUCAGCUCUGAGAAUGAGGCUCAGGGUGGCGAACCGGCCGUAUGGCAGUGCAACCCUCCCCCGUCUACCUCACCCUCGGCGGAGACGCCAGCCCACCCACCCACCGCUCAGCCCGUGUCCAGACCCCACUCCAGGCCAGCAAGCCAAAGCCCCGCCCCUCCCUCCGCCCUGGCAGCAACCAAGAAGAGGAGCUCCAAGCCGGCUCACAUGAGACGAAACAUCAGGAAAUUGUUGAGGGAACAUCAGUUAGAUGCAGUGACCAAAGCUGCCCAGCAGGGGGAGCUUGAGAGGCGACAACGUCUGGAGGAGCAAAGAAAGCAGGAUUUUCCUCUACCUCUGCUGCCUGAAUACACAACUGGCGAUGUUGCUCAGCAUGUGCCCUCGUUGUCAGCAUCAGUGUCAUUCCAGUCCACCCGACAGGAAGUGAUCUGUUUGGAGCCCAGCAGCACGAAUAUCAGCGAAGAUAAAUGCAAGACUAGCAUAACCACAUCUGCAGUUACAGCACAAACACACAAAACAGACUUAAUCGACUUGAGGACAGACGAGGAUGACAAUGUUGCUCAAGCGUCUAAAGACGAAGAGGAGACUGAGCCUAGCAGCGCCCACGCCAACGAUGCCCAGAACCAAGCAGACGCCCAGGGCCGCGUGCUCGUCAACCUCAACCAUCCAGCUGCAGAGGAGGACAUUUUCCUGUCACCACAGCUGGCUCGAGCAGUCAAGCCCCACCAGAUCGGUGGAAUCCGUUUUCUGUACGACAACUUGGUGGAGUCCCUGGAGCUCUUCGGCAACAGCAGCGGAUUCGGCUGUAUCCUCGCUCACAGCAUGGGUCUAGGCAAGACCCUUCAAGUCAUCUCCUUCAUCGACGUCCUGUUCAGGCACACUCAAGCUCACACUGUGCUUGCUAUCGUACCGGUAAAUACGUUGCAGAACUGGCUGUCAGAGUUCAACACGUGGGUCCCUCCUCCAGAGGCGUUGCCUCCAGACACUGAUCCUGCACUGGUGGCACCCCGUGCAUUUAAAGUUCACAUCCUCAACGACGAGCACAAAAACACAGCGUCUAGGGCCAAGGUGGUGGAAGACUGGUCCCGGGACGGCGGUGUGCUGCUGAUGGGCUAUGAGAUGUACCGUCUCCUGUCUUUGAAGAAGAGCUUCGUCGCUGGGCGGAAGAAGAGGAGCAAGAAAGCUGGAGGACAUGACAUGAUAAACCUGGAUGAAGAAGACAGGCAGCAGGAGCUUCUUAAAGGUGUUGAGAAAGCCCUUUCCCGGCCCGGUCCAGAUGUUGUGAUCUGCGAUGAAGGACAUCGCAUCAAGAACUGCCACGCCAGCACAUCCCAGGCCCUGAAGAACAUACAAACCCGGCGGCGCGUAGUCUUGACCGGCUACCCGCUCCAGAACAAUCUGGUCGAGUACUGGUGCAUGGUCGACUUUGUGCGCCCCGACUUUCUGGGUACCAGACAGGAGUUCAGCAACAUGUUUGAGCGCCCCAUCCUGAACGGACAGUGUGUGGACAGCACGCCUCAGGACAUCCAGCUGAUGAGGUACAGGAGCCACGUCCUCCACAGCCUGCUGGAGGGCUUCGUGCAGAGGCGAGGCCACGAUGUCUUGAGGGACCAACUGCCCUCUAAGGACGAGCAUGUGAUCCUGGUGCGUCUGUCUCCCCUGCAGAGGGCGCUCUACACCGAGUUCAUGAACCGCUUCAGAGAGGCGGGGAACACCGGCUGGCUCAGCCUCAACCCCCUGAAAGCGUUUUGCGUCUGCUGCAAGAUUUGGAAUCACCCAGACGUGCUAUACGAGGCUUUGCAGAAAGAAAAUCUGGCAAGCGAGCAGGACUUGGACCUGGACGACAUCACGUCCGCUUCCCAGGCCCGGUGUUCCACCUCGGCACCGGGUCCAAAGUCCAAGGGUCUGGACAACCCAGACCCGAUCGGCGGGUUGAGUCUGAACCAGCUGCAGGAAAAGGCCAAUCAGGUCAUCACGUACGAAUGGGCCAAAGAACUCAUGUGCGACUACAAGCCUGGCGUCCUGGAAAACUCCGCAAAGAUGGUGCUGCUGUUCCACCUGAUAGAGGAAAGCGUCACGAAGGGAGACAAAAUCCUUGUGUUCAGUCAGAGUUUGUCCACGCUCACUGUGAUUGAGGAUUUCUUAGCCAAGAGACCAGUGCCCCCUUCUCCAUACUCAGCCAGCAGACCCAACCAGAACUGGGUCCGUAAUCUCAACUACUACAGACUGGAUGGAAGCACGACAGCUUCGGAGAGAGAGAGACUAAUUAACCAGUUCAAUGACCCGACCAAUACCUCAGCAUGGGUUUUCCUCCUUUCAACCAGGGCUGGUUGUCUGGGUGUGAACCUGAUCGGGGCGAACCGUGUGGUCGUGUUCGAUGCCUCCUGGAACCCCUGCCACGACGCCCAGGCUGUGUGCCGCGUGUACCGCUACGGCCAGCGGAAACCGUGUCACAUCUACCGACUGGUGUGCGACUUCACUCUGGAGAAGAAGAUUUACGACCGUCAGAUCUCCAAGCAGGGCAUGUCGGACCGUGUGGUGGACGACCUGAACCCUGUGCUGAAUUUCACCAGGAGGGAAGUUGAGUCCCUCCUUCAUUUCGUGGAGGAGGAACCGGAUCCGUCCCAGGUCAGGCUGCUCCCCGGAGAAAUCGGGGAGAGCGUCCUGCAGAGAGCUCUGCACCUGUACUCCCACCUCAUCACCAAGCAACCCUUCCCCCAUGAGUCCCUCCUAAUAGACCGCAGGGAGUUUAAGCUGAGCAGCGUUGAGAAGAAGGCCGCUAAGAAGGGCUACGAAGAGGAGAAGAGGGCCUCGGUGCCGUACACACGGCCGUCCUACGCUCACUACUACCCCGCCAGCGACCAGAGCCUCACCAACAUCCCUGCCUUCAGCCAGAGAAACUGGCGCCCUCCGACCCGCACCGAGGACAAACCGGUGGCCAGUGUCCGGCCGGUGCAGUCGGCGUCAGGUCCCAUGAUGCCCCGCCACGUGGCUGCAGGUUCGGCCCCAGACCGGGGCUCCUCUUCGUCCAGCCUCGGCGCCUUCCCCGUCAACUGCCUGCAAAAAGCCGGGGUGUUCGUACAGAAGAUCGUCACCACUACCGACAUAGUGAUUCCAGGUACCAACAACUCGACCGAUGUGCAGGCGAGGAUCACCGCUGGAGAGAGUAUUCAUGUUAUCCGGGGCACCAAAGGGACAUAUAUCCGGACGUCUGAUGGCCGAAUCUUUGCCAUUAGAGCAGCUAAUAAAGCGAAGACGGGGGACGAGAGCGCAGCAGCUUCUCUCAAAGACUUGAAUGCACCGCCUCAGGAGGUCGCCUCCAGUGGCAGUAAUGGCUGCACCUCCCCUGACAGGAAGCCGGCGGCUCCCUCCAAGACCGCGCCCCGCCCUCUGUCCCCCGACAGCCCAGAGAUCAUCAGCGAGUUGCAGCGCUACACGGCCGGCUCCGGGGCUGCUGCCGCCACUGCCGCUGUUCACCAGGAGAGAGCAGCAGAGAGCAGCGCAAACACCCUGCCUUCUAACAAGCUGCCGCACCAAAACUGUGGCAGCAGUGGGACCACUUACUCUAAGGAAGCUCUGAGUCACCGCGAUGCCUCCGUCACUAAUGUGAUCCAGCCAAACCUGGACACCAGUGUUCCUCAAGACUUGAGAAUAGGCAGCAAGCGUAAAGCCUUCAGCCCGUCCCUGGAGGAGCGAGUCGGUAAGCAGCCCUACGCAGGAAAACACUCCUCAGCCCCUCCACCUUCACCAGGCUUCCCCUUCGCUGGGGGCUACGGCCUUCCUCCUGUGGGCCUCAGCUCCGCCAUGCUGGCCGGUUCAGUGGGGCAUCCCAUCUUCAUGGGGUCAAACUCGCACUACUUCCAGGCCCCCAGCAACCAGCUGGGAGACCCCACUUACAUGUAUCGAGAUGUGUUUGGCUUGAGCGGAGCCAGCGCUGUCCCCUCUUCUUCAUCCAUGUCUUCAUCAACCACCAUCUCCACUCCUGCCUCGUCAUCUCCUUCUGCAUCAAUCAAAGCGGCCAGUUCUCUUCCAGGAGCCCUCCCACCCUACAUGCUGAGCCCCAGCAUGGCUGGGAUGCUCCCCCCAGGCUUCCCUCUCUCAUACAGCCCCUCUCUGGCCGGCCUCUACCCUGGCUCCAUGCUGCCGGGCCCGGCUGCCACUCCCGGACCAGCCGAAGCCGGUUUCCUGUCUCAGUACCCCCAGACUGCGGCCUCGGGCUCCUCUUCCUCCUCCUCUCCCUCCUCGUUUUCCCCCUCAGCGCGCUCAGAGGGCCACCGGCCCCCUGUCCUGGGGAACGGUAGGGAGGUGAGCGCCAGCAGCAGCUCUGACGAUGAUGAGUUCAUCGGCAUGAGGGGACAGCGAGACUCGUCCUGUUAGCCAGAACGCCGUUUUUCUCUGCGGUGUAUGGACUGAGACUGAAAGAAAGCUGAGGUCUUAAACCUUCAUUUUGGUCACCUGUGUUGCCUUGGAGAAACAACCAGAAGGGUGACUGAACACAGACUGGACACUGAGUGACAGAUAUCCGUGCUGAAUAUCAGAAUGUGAAGCAUUUAAAAAAAGAUUCAGACGGGAGGGAUAGGGGAGGCAUUUGAAUUUUAUGGACUCGGAGCUUCCAGAUUUGUUUGUCCAAUCCUGGCAUUAAAAAGCUCAUCACUGGACUGGAAGCUGCUGAGUGUGAGCCGGUAGUGACUACGAGCGGCCAUUACUUCGACUGUGGGCUUUAGAGUCUCUACAGCAGACAUGCAGCUUUGCUAUAUGUGAAGACUCAUGCUUACGGCCAAUAAAAAGGACAACCAGAGGCAGGAGUUUCUCUUUAGGUGAUAGCUCAGGAUUUUUUUUUAAAGAAGGUUCUGUUGGUGUCUUUAAAGUAAAUACAGAUCAGCUGGAGCCAAAGCCUGAAGCUAACUGCUAGUCUAAACAAACGCCCGCCUUAAAACAACGGCACUCUAAAAAAAAAAAAAAGACGCACUGUCAUAUCAUGCGAAGGCUGUUUUAUUAGCGUUCAACCCAUCGUCGUGUUUGCAUUUGCCGGUUAUUUACACAGAAGCUGAUUAUAUAUUAUAUAUGGACAGCAAAUAGAGGUUGGAAGGUGUGCGCCACCAGUGAUUUUCCUGUGUGAAACGUGGGCUGAGAAUGGAGCAUGUAAAGUGUUUCCAGUCAGAGUAACUUCUUGAUCUUAAAGUUAAGGUCUGUAAGAAGUAAAAAAUAUCACAGUUCAGGUGAUCACUGUUUUAUACAUUUUUACGCUGCCUUACCAUCCUAUUAGGCAGUUGCUCUGACCAGACAGGCAUACUCUGUCCUCUGUGCACGCGCCGCCUCCUACCUCUACUUCCUGUGAAAUAAUAAUCAGCCUUUUCUUUAAGCCACCGCCAAGCUUGCUUGCUAGAAGGUGACGUUUUUGAGAUUGUUUUUUUUUUUUUCAAGAUGGCUGAAGCCCGUUUUG